CACACACACACACACACACACACACACACAAACAGUCUUUAUUUCCUGUAUUAACCCCUAUGCAUUUAAUAGAGUACUUACUAAGAAUACUUUUUGUAACCCUGGAAGUACGGUAUAGAGGAAUAAAAAAAAGCUUUGCGUCAAAUGUUCUCACGAAAAUAUAGACAUAUAGCAAGUUAAAACCACCAUGAAGUCUUCUGAUACAACACUUGCACAUUUUUACACACACACUCAAACAACACGUGGUGCAAACUGUACUUCUUAUCAUCAGCCGCAAACGUGACAGACGCGAAAGUCUGAGCAGCGUUAUUGGUUUGCUAGGUCACUAAAGGAAUGUAUUUGCUCUCAUUAAUGUUUAUGAUGUGCUAUAUAGCUGGGUGGGGAAAGCAUUGAUUCUGUUGUCCCUCUAUACGGUUCACGAUUAGACCGUGGAAAGAAGAGAACUUCACUGAAAAUCAAUUCAUUUGGCUGCUGGGAAUUUCAUGAUAUUUAAAACCACGGCGUACUGAAGAUUAGUAUGAAAAAACGUGUGAAAACCCGUGAACCAAGCAAGGUAUUUGUGCAUGUACCUAUGGGUACGUGUUUGCGUCUUUUGCGAUUAAGGCUGGGGGCUAGUUUUGCUCAGUAGGUUCAAAAAACAUGCGUGUACAUAGUGUUAGGAAUAAACAUUAUAUUAUAUUAUAUUAUAUUAUAUUAUAUUAACUGUAAGGGGUUUCAGGAAGUGUGUUCUGUGCUGUUUCAUACUUAGUUGAAAGUUGCAUGGAAAUCUAAACUAAAUGACCGUUAUACAAUUGCCUUGCAUUGCAAUGUAUACAUUUUAGCCUCAAAGGAGUAUCUUAAUUUUAUCAAUAAAAUACACGUCGUGGUAGAAAAUUUAAAAUAUGCUUUAAAAUACUAGAAUUGUCCUGUUGGUGACUAUAAAACCAGAGUAUGCAAUUUUAUUAAAGAAUGAAUUAUACAGUGAAUUUCACAUUUCUUAACGCGAAACACGUGUACACUGUAUUUUAAUGAAGACUGGAAUACUUAUACUUAGCACUAGGGCCUUUACAUUGCAUUCAUAUAUCCAUGUAAUAUCGAGUAUAAUUCCUAUACAUUUUUAACGUUAAGAUCUUUAGUUAUUUUAUGUAAGGCCACUAGAUAAGAUAAUAUGUAGGCACUACUCUUUAUUUAGAUAUAUAACUUACUCGAGAAAUAAUGCACACGUUUACACUCGAACUAAUCACCUACAUUUAACCAGACCGAUUGUAUUUAAAUGUACUUUUUUAUUCUUAAUUUGCACUCACUUCUAUAAUCUCCAGUGGUUUUGUAGGGAACUAUUGGAUGCGACAGUCACAAGGAUAUGUCACAUGAACAAACUAGCUUAGUCCUGAAGAAAAUGGGGUAUGGUGUAAAUCUGGGGUGUGUGCUGUCAUUUAUCACGCUAACUCGUAAAAACAACAACGAAGAGUCCCGGCCAACAAAUCAACGGCCAAAAUCAUGAGUUCUUCUUACUAUGUGAAUUCUCUUUUUAGCAAAUAUACUGGUGGGACUUCCCUUUUUCAAAAUGCAGAACAGAUUUCUUCCUCUUUGGCAUCCAGCUCUCAGAGAUCCGGGUAUGGACCGGGGACUGGAGCCUUUUCGUCCUGCUUGCCUGGGCUGUAUAAUGUGAAUAAUGCAAUCUACCAGAACCAUUCUGUGUUCACGUCCGGGUAUAGCCUAGACUCGGAAGCCUACAACCUCCACUGUAACUCCCUCGAUCAGAACAUUCCUGUUCUGUACAAUGAGCCCAGAAAACCCAAUUGCGAAAGAACGGAUCCUGCUAACCUCAACCACCAGUCUGAAGGACAUUUCGAGAUGUAUCCAUGGAUGAGAACUUCAGGUGGUGAUGGGAAGCGUGGGAGACAGAAUUACACUCGGUACCAGACACUGGAGCUCGAGAAAGAGUUCCACUUCAGUCGCUAUCUGACUCGCAGGAGGCGGGUUGAGAUCGCUCAUGCCCUGUGCCUCACGGAGAGGCAAAUCAAAAUCUGGUUUCAGAACAGAAGGAUGAAGUGGAAAAAAGAACACAUGGAUAAGAACUCGAACCCCAGGACAACAACUGAAGUGAAAGACGAAGAGGAGCAAUCAUAAACAACAACAGCCGUAUAUAAAUAAUAAUAAACAAACGAUCUUAUAAAAAGAAUACGACAUCAACGGGCAGAUUUCUAAAGAAUUGCUUUUAACAAACUAAACGUGAUCGAAUAAGUUACCUAAUUGUUAGAAUAU